AUGGAUUUCUCAGAGGAAUACUCCGCUGCCGUCUCCGAGCCUCCUCUCCCUUAUGACGACCCCAUUCCCGCCGAAGAUGUCGCCCCAGCCACAAUGGAUUCCAUAGACCCCACCGAAGCUGGUCCUUCCCUCGCCGACCGCAUCGGUGCCACCAAAGUUUACCUCGUGUCCGACGCGUCGAAGUCAAAGGGCGGAAAGCGCAAGCGCGACGAUGACGACGAAGGUCAAGCGGGCGACGUGGACAUGGAAGAGCGCGAUGAUUUGGUACGCGAGAACGCCAUCCUUCUCCGAGGCACCCCGAUCUCGCACCUGCCCACCUCGAACAUCUUCGCGUACGUCUCCCACUUCGACGCGCACCUCCUCGGCCUCGAGUGGAUCGACGACACCACCUGCGUCCUCGUUUUUGAGUCCAAGACCGAUGCGCGCACUGCCUUUCGCGCCCUCCAGAAGUCCUCCACCGAGGACCCCUCCCCCAUCGACGAUAUGGUCACCGCGAAGUCGGUCCCGAUGGGCGUGUGGCCCGCGGAGCACCGCAUCAAGGCGACGCUGCCCCAGGCUUCGGAAAGCCCGCUCAAGGAGACCGUGCGCAUGCGCUGGGCGCGCCCCGAGGACGUGAAGAAGCGCGGCGCGAAGAAAGAGAGCCAGUUCUACAGGAAGUACGGCGAGCAGGCGGGCAAGACGUUCGACGAGGGCCCGUCGCUCCCUAAGCGUCGCCGACCCGCCAAGCGCGGCCCCGUUGUGGACGCGGACGAGCGCGCGGCGCUGGACGCGGAGCUCGACAGCUUCCUUGCUGAAGAUGACGACGACAACGACAACGGAGGGCGCGACGCGCAAUCGCUGGGUACUACGUCCAGGAUGCGCUCAGAUCACAUGGGGAAUGACGGCAGGUCGUUGUUGGAACGCACGUCCAUAAUGCGCGCGCACCCGGAGGAAGAACGCCCGACCGCGUCACUCCCACGCCGGGCAAGAGGGAGACGAGGGGCAGGAGAUUGGUUUGGGGAUUUGGAGAAAAUGGAGCUGGGGGACCGGCUCGCGGACGCUGAGCCCGAAGGGCAUUGGAGGGGUGGGCGACCUCGCGGCGGGCGAGACAGAGGAACGGGGCGGAGAGGACGAAGGCCACCACGCUCGAAGGUUACCCAGGAGGAUCUCGAUGCGGAAUUGGACGCUUUCUUGAAGGGUGACUAG